UGAUGGUUGGAGCGGUAUCUUCCGUGCAGGAGCUGAUAUAACCAAUAUCGGGGAGUUAUUAUUACUUACUUCACUUCCCUACUGAUGACAACGGCUGUUCGGUGAAUUCUUCCUGUUGGCAACCAUUACUAAGGCACUCUAGUUGAUUUUACAGGGAAACAAUGCAAUGUUUUAGUGUGUUUGGGAUAUGAACCGAGGUGGGAAAACACACUAAGCCCUCGCUCUCUCUCUCUGAGUCAUGGGUUGUGGACGUCUAAGUUGUCUAAGGAGAGUAAUAUAUCAAGCUUAGCAAACGUUCAGAAUGUCGUUUGAAGAAAGUCACAUUGUAGCUCAAAUCGAAGAGGUGGUGGAAAAGUUAGAGAAAUUUAUUGAGGAGGGUGACAAUCGUUCUGCUCACCAUCUACUCAAAGAUUUGGAAAGCGAAAGAAAAUUUUGUGUCCUCCGGAGUACUUUUCCAGAUUAUGAGCGGAUUAAGGAUGAGACUGUGCUAGAUUCUCCAGUAGUGCCAACACCAGCAUCUGCUUUAGAACUGCUUCAUAAAGCAUGUGCGAAAGGGAAUCAGGAAUUUGUUCUGUUGCUUUAUGAAUAUGGCGCACGCUUGCAACAUGAAGGCAAAAUGGGAACGCCACUUGAAAUUGCCUCAUAUUACGGGCACCAGCAAGUUGUAAAUAACCUCUUGAAGUUGGCGUCACUUCAGGAUUAUGUUGAUGUGGAGUCUGAAUCUGAUGUUUACCACUACAUGUUUGUGUCAGCUCUUGGAAGUCAACGUGACAUGGUGAAAUUUUGGACAGAAUAUGCGAAGGAAUCACUUGGAGUUACUGUUAAUCUUCCAGAUAUUGAACAAAAUGAUAAUGAAGUAAUUUUACAUCAUCUUUUUGAAAGUGUUAAAAUCACUGAAAAGGAUGUGGAACGUUAUGCAGAUUGCAUAGCAGCCAUUCUAGCAAGCUCAGUGGAAAAAGAUGAAAACACAGAUAAACUUACAGCACAUUGGAGUAGUAAAAGGUUACCAGUGGUCAGUCUGAAGUUUUUAAAUCAGCCACAAUACAAUGAUCAGCUUGGAAAUGUUGACCUGUCUAAGAAUAACCUGCAGAGCAUUCCAUCGGAGUUGCUAUGGUGCUCCCCAAGUAUACAACAUUUGAAUUUGUCAAACAAUUUGAUUAAACAGUUGCCAGAACCUAGUCAGAACAUGGAAGUUUGUAAAAUUGGGUUACAAACUCUUAAUCUGUCCAGAAAUAAAUUAAGUUGUGUUCCUGUUGAAAUUUUCUGUCUUUCACAACUGGAAAAACUGGAGCUGUCUAAAAACAACAUGAAGUUUUUAUUGAAGAAGUUCUCCAGUCAAGCUAACAGUGAUGCUAAGCACAUAACUUGGAAAUGCUCAAAGCUUCAGAGUUUGAACCUAUCCCAUAAUUCUCUGUCAUCAAAUCCUCGUGGGAUAUGCGGAGCUACGUCACUUGAAGUGUUAGAUGUUUCACACAACAACUUAAAAUCAUUACCUCGGCCAUGGAACUGCCCAUUGAGAACUUUGUCUGCAGAGUCAAAUAAUAUAAUGGAAGAACAGCGUAAUAUGCAUGAUUACUGGGAAGGAACACUCGCAGAACUCGACUGCAGCAACAAUACUCUUAAAGAGGUACCUGCAACGGUUACAAAGCUUGUUUCACUCAAGGUAUUGAAGCUUGCUUCAAAUUUCAUAAGAGAACUGCCAGAUCCUCAAGAGUGGACAAUAUUUGGACUUCAGGAACUGGACUUGUCAUACAACCCAUUGAUCCAUCAAGAAGAUGACCCUGAUUUGUUGCUACCACUUCCUAGGUCACCAAGGUCAAGAUCGCCAAUGUCAAGGUCGCCGGUGUCAAAGUCACCCGUGAUUAAUCCAUCUUGUCCACCAUCACAGUUCUACCUUGACUUGAGGACUACUAAAACAAAGUUAGAGUUUCCCGCCAAGUUCUUCCGGUCGCUUCAGUAUCUCCGCUUGGCUGCCUGCCAGAUCAACUACCUUCCCAUGAGUAUUUGCAAAAUGGAGAACCUUUGGGAGCUUGACCUUCAUGGUUGUAAUGGACUGACAAGGCUACCAGACAAGUUAGGGGAGCUCAAGAAUCUUACACGCUUAAAUUUGAACGGAGCUCCCAUUACCCAACCGCAAGGUAUCCAGGCAAUUAUCUCAAACCCUAAUGGCUUGUAUACCAGGAAUCUGUUGAAGUUCCUAACAAAUCGUCAUCGGAUGUCUGUUGAAUUUAACACAAUGAAAAUGAUGGUCAUUGGACCAAAGUAUGCAGGGAAGACGACUCUCAUAUCAUCAUUGACCAACCUGAAAUGGCAAGAGGAUUUUGAGGCUGGAGUUGUCAUAAAUGAGUGUGUCUGGGACAUUAGUGAGAGGGAAUGCCUGGGAUACGCUCUCAUUAAUAAGUUGCAGUGUUCACAGGCAUCAGAUAUAUCCUUCAAUAUCUUUGAUCUGAAAUGCUCUCCUGAGCUGUCACUGGUCCACCAAAGCCUUAUGACUAGUAAUACACUGUUCCUUGUUGUGUGGGAUGUAAGAGACGAUGAGGAUGGAGUUGAAAACCUGGGACCUUGGCUUCAAAACAUUCAGGCUAGGUCUGUGAACAAUUUGGUUGUAAUUGUUGGUACCCAUAUGGACAAGUUAUCAUCAAGUGGAGAAAACUGGAAUGAGACAUACACAAGAUUACACUCACUCAUCAAAGAGCGGUACUUUUACAGCACUGGAUAUCCAAAGAACAUCAUCUUCAGAUGUGUCAAUGCCAGUAGUCCACAGGGAAGUGGAGUCAAAGAACUGAAGAAGACGGUUUACGAUAUUGCCUGUGAAUUUAAGCUUCCUAAGGGACAAGGGCCUGUUAUUGGUAGACUAGUUCCCCGAAGCUACAUCUCACUGCGAAAAAUCAUUCAAGAAGAGGCUUCUAUGCUGACAAAAUCACACCGUCCUCCUUAUUUGACCGAGGCCAGCUUGACAGAUAUGGUUCAAAUACAUCGCCUUGAUCUGGAAACGGAUGAAGAGCUUAGAAAAGCUGUGCAGUUUCUUUGUGACACUGGAACAGUUCUCCAUUACCAUGACAACUUGAAUAGCAUGGAUACAGUGUAUUUUCUUAGUCCAGCCUGGUUGUGCAAAAUGCUGAGUAUCGUGCUUAAAAUUCCAAGUGACAUGUUUCAAAAUGGAAAAGUUAAAAUUGAAGUGGUGAAAGAGAAGUAUCACAAUUCUGAAGAAAAUGAUGACUGGUUCGAACAGUACUUACACUUGUUGGCUAAAUUUGAAAUAGCCAUCAAAAUAGACGAGAGAAGACUUCUAGUUCCAUGCAAGUUGCCAAAACAGGAACCAGGACAUAAAUCAGACCAUGAGUUUACAACUGCGAUCGGUAUUAAGGAGAUCAAACGAGUGUAUAAGAUGGCGUACAUUCCCGUAGGAUUCUGGAACCGACUGCUGUCAAAGCUCAUUAUAAGUCUACAGGGUGACCGUGGGAUGAUGAGCACAAGGAAACAUCGUGCCAGAUUUGGGUUGACAAGGAGAAAUCGUAAAAGAAAUCCAGAGAUUGGUGGAAAAACCAGACAAGAACUGUAUUGGCAAGAAGGCCUUGUAGUAUUCGAAACGAGCGGCCACUUCUUUGUUAAGUCAGCAACUGUGAAUGGAACGCCUGCUGUUUUAAUCGGCGUUACUCGACAAGACUCCAAUUUCUCAGCUAUUGGGUUUAUUGUUGAUCAUAUCGACAACCUUAUUCAUGAUGUCUUUCCAGGUCUUACAGAUAUUAAUGAAAAGAAUGGAGAAAAAAUUAUGGAAAUCCUGAUACCAUGUCCAGUGUGUGACAAUGGUCGGAGGGGAUCCCUAUACACACCAAGUGAUCUUAACCAUCAAAAGUUCUUCACCUUCGAAGAUUGUGUUUUUUCUGCAACUAUGGUCAAAGAAGCACAUUGCAAGAAGCAUAAUGGACCCAUCUCAUUGCAAAUGAUCAUUCCUGAUAUCUACAUGCUUGACCUGAAGGUCCCUUCUCUGGACGAAGAAGGAUUUGAAAUUGAUAAAGAAGAUCGACUUGGAAGAGGAGGGUAUGGAUCAGUAUUCAAAUGUGUUCACAACGAUCGUAACCUUGCAGUCAAGCAGUUCUUAAAUGUUGAAAGAUUCCUUACUUUGCAAGGCAUGUCAGAGUAUGUGAUCACACCGUGCUGUAACACUGGUGUCCACAGUCGAACUUCCUCUUGCACCUCCUCAUGCAGCUCUGCCAGUCUAACACCUUCAACCGGAUCCUCAAUUCAAGAUACUGACAGAAUAAUGGCUUUAAAAACUGAAGUUGUUGCCAAGUUUUCAAAUCUUCGCAGUGAAGUGGCUACAAUGACUCGUUUAAAGCAUCCUUGCAUUAUCCAGUUAGUUGGUGUUUCUAUAAAAGGUGUUUGCUUUGCAAUGGAAUGUGCACCACUUGGAGAUCUGAAGUCUUUGCUGGAAAGGGAACUUGAAAAUACAAAGCAAACAGUCAGAUUUGGGUCUCGUUUAAGAGGGUGCAUUUUGAACCCUACCAUCACUUUCAAGAUUGCACAUCAGAUCAUGGCAGCCAUGGACUACAUGCAUGGGAAGAGUGUUAUCCAUUGUGACCUGAAAACUGACAAUGUUUUGGUCUGGUCACUGAAUCCCCAGGACCCGAUUAACAUCAAGAUUGCUGAUUAUGGAAUCUCCAAAAUUAGCUUUUUACACCAAGCUGAAGGUGAGGCUGGAAAUCCCGCAUUUUCAGCCCCAGAAAUUUCCCUGGGUGCCUAUGAUAAACAGAUUGAUAUAUUUUCGUAUGGAAUGCUUCUCUACAACUUGAUGUCAGGCCGCUGGCCAUUGGUUGAACUGAAGUCAUCUCUUGAUGUGCGAAAUAAGAUAAAGCAAGGAGAGCGGCCAAAGUUCACAUUCAUAGAGUUCACACAAGAACCUUCUUUUCCGUUUAUGGAAGACCUUAUGAAGUCAUGCUGGCAUGGUAAACCAACUGAUCGACCAAAUUCGGGGCAAAUCUCUGAAAAAAUGAAGGAUCCUAGCUUUCUAUGUUUGGAGAACAUUUAUCGUGUUGAGAACAAUGACGAUGUUAUUGAUUGUGCUUAUUCAUCUAAGGACCAUACACUUCUCUGGAUUUGGACAUCAAAUGGAAAUGACCAGAACCGUUUUUGUCGGAUUGUUGACAUGGAAACACUGAAGAUAUCAGCAAUUCCAUGUUCUGGGCCAAAGGUCAACUGUAUGUUGGAAGGAUAUGGUGGCAUUUGGCUAGGCACCAAUGAAUUUCUCCAGUUUUAUUCUACUCAAGAUGAUGGGGCAAUUGUAGGUCCACCACAUAAUUUUAAGAUGGAUUCUCCUGUAUGCUGUCUGUUAAACCUUAAAGUUGGAAGUACUGGGGAAGAAACAUUGUAUACAUUUGCUGGUCGUGAAAAUGGAAGUCUGGUUAUUAUUAAUCGUUGUUUAGACUUAAAUCAAGAUGGUACAGGCAAAUUGGAUAUAAAGGAUAUAAAGACAUUAUUUAUUGUCGGUCGUUUAGGAACUGUGUAUAGAAACAGCCCUUGCAGGGCUAUGGUAUUCACUAAUCACAAUGAUGAACUUUGGGUUGGCUGUGGAAAUGUCAUUAGAAUCGUGAAUGUUAAAAACAUGUCACUGACCAAAGACUUUAUAACUGUGUUCCCAAAGUCUUCCACACACAUAAGAAGUCUAGAUCAUUCAAAUGGUCAAGUCUGGUGCACCGAUGGCUCCUCGAGUAUAUUGCAAUUUGAUGUUGUUUCAAGAUAUUAUGUUGAUACAUUUAAGUGCCAAGAGAAGACUACUCAGUCAUUACUAAGCACCCUCCCCCCAGAAGAUCAGGUUGGCACCAACAGAUCCCGGUUUAAUCAUCCUAGGUUGGUCUUGCAAAGAAGCAACAGUGACCGGGAAUCACGUUUGUGUUCCAUUUUCGAGGACAAUGACAAAAUAUACUUCAAUUGGGAACAUUUUGAAGACUCUAGUACCUCUAGGAGGAAUCAGAAUAGGAAUUGCUCAUCUCUUCCAGUAUCCCAUAAUGGUUUUCAAAGGCUUGUACGUGAAAGAAGCAGGACAGUUGAGCCCCAGGAAUGUCUUAGCAAGACAAAAAUAAUUUCUGUCCAUGCUGUAGAAGAUACACUAUGGGUUUGCACAAGAGCUGGUGAGAUAAUGGUCAUUAAUGUUGUAGAAAAUAGGUAUGGCAGAAGAAGCAGUGAACUCAUAGCAUGCAUGUCGUUAGAGAAAUCUAGGUAUAUUGCAAGAGGUUAUCCAGAGAGCUUGGUUCCAGUUGGUUGUGAUAAAAUGGUGUCCUUAGAAAAACUCAAAGGAAAUUCUGUGGAAGGAACAAAUAUAUAUCGUCUGCUUGUCUGGAAGAGAUGGAGUGGAAAAGACUUCACACAAUUUGAUGAGUUUCAGUCAAACGUUCGCAAGGCAGGGCGUAUUAAACAAAGCAAAUCCUUUAAAGUACAAGAUGAAAUCAAAGAUACGGAAGAGAGUCAUUACGGCAGUACAGAUUAUAGUCAAGAUAAUUCAAAUAUUACUGUGGAAAGUAUGAAAACAUCAGAUUCUGAUGAAGCAUCUUGAUUGGUCAAAAUAUAUACCACAUGAAAAAGUAAUGUUUUCAAGAUUACAUCAACAAUGUCAAAGCUGUAAAUUAUAUUAAAAUUAAGUACUAUUAUAAAUUAUCUGUAAAAUAAAAUUUUCUGAAAGAAAAAGAAAAAAAUGGUAUUCAUACAUUAAAUUUAUUAUUGUUAAAAGAUGUAUUCUGGAAUAAUCUCUAUAAAAUGUAUGACUAAUUUAUAUUGUAAAAAUUGUGAAAAAAGAUUUUAUUAUCUUUUGCAAUGGUACCAAUUUUAAAUGAAUUUAUGCUUUCUGCUGACAAAAUACUAUGUACAGAUAUUUUUCAAAAGCAAGUUGUGUUAUAUAAAAGAAUCAGAGAAUUUAAUGUAUUUAGCGUUAUAAUUUCUAUAUUUCAAAAUUGCUUCAAGAGAAUAUAUGUAGAUAGAUAGUACUUAAAAAGUAUAGAUAUAGUUGCAAAUUUCAUUCCAUUACAUAAAUCAAGUGAUUAAAUUUUGUACUGAGAAAAUGUUACAUUAUUAUUAUUACUACUAUUAAUAUUUGAAAGUAGAACAAAUUUCUCAUGAUCUCUCAUAAAACAAAAAUUCAAUUACUUCUCUGUCAUUUAGGCCCAAAAAAUAAUUUUUGUGUUGGUCACGUUUUUGAAAAAUCCAAAAAAUGGGUAGGUUGGUAGGAAAACUUUUUUUUUUUAUUAUUAUUAUUAUUACUAUUAAUAGGAUAAUAUAUGAAAGAAGAACAAAUUUCUCAUGAUCUCUCAUUUAGGUCGGUAGGAAAAUGUGUUCACGCUUAAAAGUGUAAAAUACACAAAUAAUACAACAUUUUUGAAUUUGAAUCGCGUACAAUUUUGAAUUUGAAUUGCGUACCAUGCAGCAGAAUAGGCUAGACCGUGGCCCUUAUCCUAGGCCAAUGCUAUUACCGCCUUAUUACUCAUUAAAAUAAUUGUUUGUUGUAGUAAAAAAAAAUAAAUAAAAUGCUGACCCUGAAUUUCAUAAAAUUUGGGUCGGUUGGGCAUGGCCAACACAAUAAUUUUUUUUGUCUUUAUUUUACUACUUUUUCGGAUACCCUCCGAUAAUUUUCACAGUGGCUUUGAAUUUUGGCAAAAAUGGAAUCAGAAAUAAUUUGUAUUUACCAAAUUAGGCAAUCUGGCAUUCAUCAAACUAACAUGCAUCUCUAUUCUGCUAACCAAUUGUAGAUUUACCUACAGGUUCAGGGGCAGAUCCUGAAUAUUUCGAAUGAGGGGGGCACCCAUUUUGUAUAGGCCUAGAUGCAAUGUAUAUACUGUAUAUAGACAAAUUUAUAGGCCUAUGUAUCCAAUAAUAGUUUGAUUUGUUGUGUAUAUGUAUAUGCUGUUACAUAAUAUUGCAAUAUUUAGUAUUUGUAUAACCAACAUUUAAUUUAGUCAUAUACUACAUGUAAGCGUAGAUGUAACAGAUAAGUAUCUAAUAUGUGAGGAUUCGUGUUCCAGAUUAUGUUGUUAUCAAAUGUUGUAACAUUUUAUAUAUCCCUCUCUAAUUCCGCUCCUGUGCCCUCUAGUAUCAGUAUUACAUAAACUUUACAAUCAUAUGCUUAAAGGAGAAAUAGCAGACUCUUGAGAGUCACCAAAUUGUUUUAUUUUUAAGAAAAAAGUUCGAUUGUAUUAGAGGUUCAAUUGAACAAAUUGUUUCACUUGAGCAAUCGAUAAAACUCAAUAUAUCAGUGCACUUUGUAUUUAUAUAUUUAUAGAGUACCACAGUCGUGUCAUCACAACGCCAGGUGGCGCUCUCUGUUGUCAACAGACGUUGGUUACCGACCAUUACACCUGAAUGACUUCAUAGGCUUUCUGGA